CCUUGACUGCACCUGGCAGCCUGCUUCUUUUAAAAGUAAAGCAGUGUAUACAUAUGUCACAGCAUCGUUGAAAACAUGCAAUACCUGUGAACCACAGGUAAUCACGCAACGGUAUGGGGACGAAUCUUCCAGCUAUGUGAAUAGAUGUCGCUUCAACUUAAGUCAGAACGCUACCUAUUUUCACGUCGACGUGAAUUUAAGUAACCCAUUUGACGAAGUAGGGAAGUCGGCGAAUAUAUCUGGAGAUUCAAAUACAUUGAUUAAACCAGCCAUGGUGCACUCUGUAGCACGGGCAGUAAACAGUUCAUGCGUACACCUAUCGUGGAAGAGAACAGCUCCAGAGGGUGUGAAUGUGCUUUACUUUAUCAAAUAUUGCUCAAAAUGGAAAGACAACUGUAACGAG